AAUAAUCCAUGUGCUCCCAAAUGACUGCCUCGUGAUGGACGGCUCAACCUCUGUUCUUGAGCGCUCAAUUUUUUUAACAAAAUUUCUUCGGAUCGAAUUUCUUGACCUUAGCACGCUGCCAAAUGCCGAUCUUAUUUUAAGCUUAAUUUAAUUUCAACUUUUCAUUUCUCGCCAAUUUCUCUUGUUCGUUUCUGAAAUCAGUUCAUCCAACUUCUGCAACUUCGUCUUUUCAAUCACUAAAUAUCUUUCUGUUACUUUUCAAUCCCGCCAUUAAAGCCCUACUGUUGUUCUUCCAUUUCUCUGCGUUCAUUUUACCUCUUUAUUGUCACUUUCUUACCUCCACGGAUGAACUUCAUUAUUUUGGAUCUUGCCAGAACGAAGUCAGCUGUCUGAGAACUUGGCUGUCUCUUUCCGCGUUCUAGCUCGCUUUCUCCUCUGAGAUUCUUCAUUGUUCUUUUGUUUUUGUUCUGCUCUUAUCGCAAGUAGUAAUGGAAGGAUUUGCCUCCCGCUGAAGAAUAUACAUCUGGUUCUAUCACUAUUUGGAUUUUUUAUGAUAAACAAAGUGCUAAUUUCUCGGUCGUUUUCUUGGAUUCUGAUUGAAAACACAUUCUAUUGAUUGUUCUUCCAUUGUAAACCCUAGUUUCAAAAGUUGCUUCGAAUCAGGUUCUGUUUCUGGUCCUUGUUCUUGAUUAGCUAUUGAAACUUGUAGCGAUGGAUUGUAGAAGAAGAUUUGGAUUACUCCUCUGGGGUGGUUUGUUGAUUUCGUUGUUUCCUUACAUUUCUUGUUUGUUUAAUCCGGUAGAUAAUUAUCUCAUUGACUGUGGAUCUUCGGGGAAUGUGUCUGUGGGUAAUCGUGUUUUCAUGGCCGAUAAUUUGGCUUCAAAUUUGCUUUCCACUCCAGAGAUCAUUUCGGCUAAUACAUCUUCAGUUCCUGCCUCUUCUUCUAACGAUUCAUCGCUGUUCGAAACUGCUAGAAUCUUUACUGGAACAUCAAAAUUCACGUUUCCAAUAAAGAAAACCGGAAGGCAUUGGAUCCGCCUCUAUUUCUAUCCAUUUGUGUUUUCUAGCUUCAAUAUGAGUGCUGCAAAUUUCAGUGUUUCAACUCAAAACUUUGUUCUGCUGAGAGAUUUGGUUGUAGAGAAGGAUCCCAUAGUCAAAGAAUUCUCUGUGGAUGUAAAAUCAGAUGCUCUUGAAGUUAUCUUUGCUCCUGUUAAUGGCUCCAUUGCAUAUGUGAACGCCAUUGAAGUUGUUUCUGUUCCUGACAUUCUCAUUGUUGAUGAAGCCACUUUGUUAGAACCAUCUGGUAAAUUUCAAGGGCUGACUACUCUAGCAUAUGAGACUGUUGGUAGAGUUAAUGUGGGUGGCCCAAAAGUUGCUCCUGAUAAAGAUCCUCUUACACGGAAUUGGGUUUCUGAUGGAAGCUUUCUAGUAAAUAAGAAUUCUGCAACAAGUUUCUCGAACAUUCCCGCUGUUAAAUACAGCCCUGAAGGCGCAGCGCCGGAGAUUGCUCCAAAUGUUGUCUAUGGUACUCUCAUGGAGAUGAACUCGAAGGACGAUCCAAACAGUAACUUCAAUGUGACAUGGAAGUUUAAAGUCGAUCCCGAGUUUCAGUAUCUUGUUCGAUUUCACUUCUGUGACAUUGUGAGCAAAUCUCUACACCAACUUUAUUUCAAUGUUUAUGUCGACUCGUGGCUGGUUGUUCGGGAUCUGGAUCUUAGUGUUCGACUUUCUAAUGCUCUGGGCACUCCAUACUAUAUGGACUCUGUUACAGGAUUGAUCAAGAAUGACAUACUUCUUGUGAGUAUUGGCCCAGCAAACUUAGCCAAUGUGUAUCCAAAUGCCAUUCUAAAUGGUCUGGAAAUCAUGAAAAUGAGCAACUCUGUUGGCAGUCUCAGCGGGGAAGACUCUGUAAUUAGUUUUCCAGGCUCGACUUCUUCAAAUAAGCAUGUUGGCAUCAUUAUCGGUGUGGUUAUUGGGGUAUUUGUUGCAGCUAUAUUGGCUGGCGUUCUUUUCGUGCUGUGCAGACGAAAAAGAAAGGGAAUGCAUCAGGCCCCGACGAAAUCGUGGAUUUCGAUAUCCACAGCUGGAGGAAUGUCACACACUAUUGGAAGUAAAUACUCUAAUGGCACGAUCACAAGUGCUGCUUCCAAAUACGGGUAUCGAAUACCUUUUGCAACAGUUCAAGAGGCUACAAAUAACUUCGAUGAGAGCUGGGUUAUUGGUAUUGGCGGGUUCGGGAAAGUAUACAAGGGAGUAUUGAAUGAUGGCACCAAAAUUGCUGCAAAGAGGGGUAAUCCACGUUCCCAACAAGGAUUGGCCGAGUUUCAAACUGAAAUCGAGAUGCUGUCACAGUUUCGUCAUCGUCAUCUCGUUUCAUUGAUUGGUUACUGUGAUGAGAGGAAUGAGAUGAUACUGAUUUAUGAGUACAUGGAACAAGGCACCCUGAAGAGUCAUCUAUAUGGUUCUGAUUUUCCUAGUUUGAGCUGGAAAGAGAGACUUGAGGUCUGCAUUGGAGCCGCUAGAGGACUUCAUUACCUCCAUACUGGUUAUGCCAAACCGGUUAUUCAUCGUGACGUGAAGUCCGCUAAUAUUUUACUCGACGAAAACCUCAUGGCGAAGGUUGCAGACUUCGGGCUUUCGAAGACGGGUCCUGAUCUAGACCAAACCCAUGUCAGUACUGCUGUGAAAGGGAGUUUUGGGUACCUCGAUCCUGAAUAUUUCAGGAGGCAACAACUGACAGAGAAAUCAGAUGUUUAUUCAUUUGGAGUUGUUUUGUUUGAAGUUCUUUGUGCAAGACCUGUCAUAGAUCCAACCCUUCCUAGAGAAAUGGUCAACUUAGCUGAAUGGGCAAUGAAAUGGCAGAAGAAAGGGCAGUUGGAUCAAAUCAUUGAUUCUACUCUUGUAGGUAAAAUUAGAGCAACUUCUCUUAGGAAGUUUGGUGAAACUGCUGAAAAAUGCUUGGCUGACUACGGAGUCGACCGGCCAUCCAUGGGAGACGUCUUGUGGAACUUGGAGUAUGCUCUUCAGCUACAAGAAGCCAUUAUCGAAGUCGAUCCAGAAGAUAACAGUACUAAUAUGAUCGGCGAGCUCUCUCCACAAAUUAACAACUUCAAUGAUAUCGAAACAGGUGCUUCUGCUACACGGUUUGAUGUUCCAGGCGUGGAUGAUCUUUCUGGAGUUUCCAUGAGUAGGGUGUUCUCUCAGCUGGUGAAAUCUGAGGGUCGAUGACCCGAUGUCGCUGCAGCAUUAGGCCGAUGCAGCUGAAUAUGUGGCGUUGGCGUUCUGUAUACUUCAGGCAACGACGUAGGCGCACCCUUUUAGAGAAUGUUCCUUGCUUCAUUGGAUAUGAACAGGACAAUCUCUAGUUGUGUUUCUUCACAUUUAUUAGCCAUUUUUUCUCUUGCAGAGGGAGGAGCCAAACUACAUGUGUAACAUACUGGGUUCUUCUCUUGUACAGAAGGGGCUGUGCUGGUGAGUCUCUGCAAUAUCUAUCAAACUUGCUACCACUUCAACGAACUACAACGAACAAGGUAGUUCGCAUCUCCGUUACCGAUUGAUUGUGAUUUGCAUCCCUUCAUCGAACAUAUUCGUUUUUGUCGUCGUUUCAUGUUUGUCUAGAAUCAUUAGACAUUUAGUCUUGUAAUUCUUUUUAGUCAGCUAACAUCUUGUCAAUGACCAUGGUGUGUCGUUUUUUCCUAAACUUCCCGAUCUCCGUAGGUAGCGGUGUCGAGGCUUCGUUGUGUUUAGCUCUGAAUCUUUUCAUGGAACAUGUCUUUGCUGCAAUUUAGAUCCAUUUUUCAUCUGGAUAUUGUUUUCUUUCAACUAUGUAAUGAACUGCCAUACAUUGUUGUCUUUCA